AGGCGCGCGCACACACACACACACGCACACACACAGAGUGAUCGGGAACCUCCGACAAUCACACACACACACACUUACACAAUGCCCUACACACACACACGCGCGUACACGCACGCACACACAACGCCCCAGACUCGCACGUACACACGCCAUGCCCUGCACACACACACACUCCCGCACACAAUGCUCUCCACGCGCGCACACACAAUGCCCUUCACACUCACACGCACACACUCACAAAGCCUUUCCCGGCAACUCCAGUGGCUGCCGCGCAGACGCCGCCCACCGCCCGCAUGAUUCAACCCCGCACAAAAAAAUCUUUAUAUAGCGCGGGGCGCCCCGGGACUCUCACCCGCGCCGCAACAGGUCGGGCCGGGAUCGGGCAGCGCCGGGCGGGGACCGCCCGCACUCCGCUCCCCCGCGCCGCCGGCGGGCCCGGGCCAGCGCCAGCGCCAGCGCCAGCGCCCCGCCAACUCCUGCCGCCGCCGCUCCGCUCGGGUCCCGCCAUGCCGCCCUGGCUGGUGCUGCUCGGGGCCGUGUGCUGGCACGCCGCCGGAGCGGACCCCGGCCCGGAGGGGAUCUGCUGGCUGCAGCAGGGGAAGGAAGCCAAAUGCACCAUGAUCCUCCGGACGGGCGUGACCUGGGAGGAGUGCUGCAGCAAUGGCAACGUGGACGUGGCCUGGUCCAACUACACCUACCCGGGCAACAAGAUCAGCCUCCUGGGCUUCCUGGGACUUGUGACCUGCCAUCCGUGCAAAGAGUCCUGCGAGGGGGUGGUGUGCGGUCCCGACAAGGUCUGCAAGAUGAAGCACGGCCGCCCCCAGUGCACCUGCGCCCCCGACUGCUCCCGCCUGCCCAGGAAGCUGCAGGUGUGCGGCUCCGACGGCAACACCUACCGGGACGAGUGCGAGCUGCUGACGGCCAAGUGCAGAGACCACCCCGACCUGGAAGUGAUGUACCAGGGAAAAUGCAAAAAGUCCUGCUCCAGCGUGAUGUGUUCCGGGACCCACACCUGCGUGGUGGACCAGACGGGCAGCGCCCACUGCGUGAUGUGCCGGGCGGCCCCCUGCCCCGAGCCCACCAGCCUGGACCGCGCGCUGUGCGGCAACAACAACGUCACCUACCCGUCCGCCUGCCACCUGCGGCGGGCGACCUGCUUCCUGGGCAGAUCCAUUGGCGUCCGCCACUAUGGAAGCUGCUUGGCUGUGCCUAAAUACUCCCCGGAUGAGGACGAUGCUGAAGAAAACUACGUGUGAAACCUUCCUUGUGCGCCGAGAGGCUGAACCCGGGAGCUAGGGGCAUUAUGUGUAUAUUGUACGGACCAUAUACCCGAUAUUUAUUAAGAUAAAAGAUCCUUAUUUAUA